AUGGCGAAGCUUAAGCCCGAGUGCCUGAAAGCUGCAGUGGCCGCAGACUCUCUCAAAUGUUCAGAGAUUGGACGGGACAUUCUUCAGAAAGGCGGCUCUGCAGUAGAUGGCGCCAUUGCUGCGCUCCUGUGCACCUCCAUCAUUAACCCACAGAGUGCGGGCAUCGGAGGCGGGGUCAUAUUCACUGUGAUGGACAGCUAUGGUAAAGUGAAAAUUAUCAACUCCAGAGAGACUGUCCCCACAACCACGAGCCCUGACCUGCUUCAGACAUGUCCCAAAGAUUAUAGCUGGAAAGAAGAUAGCAGAUGGAUUGGGGUUCCUGGGGAAAUUCGAGGUUAUGCAGUGGCACACCGGCUUUAUGGGAAGUUACCGUGGGCUGAACUCUUUCAGCCGACCAUCAAACUGGCCAGAGAAGGAUUUCCUAUUCCUUAUGUCCAAGGUCAAUACAUCCCACGCAUUGCUAAUACGUCACUAUGGAAGUUUUUUUCAGAUAAAAAUGGGAACCUACUUAAGACCGGUGAUACUGUGAAAUUUGAGAAACUGGCUGACACUUUGGAGACGAUCGCAAACGAGGGAGCAGAUGUGUUUUACAACGGAACAAUAGCAAAGAAUUUAAUCAGUGACAUACAGAAAGCAGGAGGAACACUCACACUGGAGGACUUGGCAUCAUAUAAAGCUAAUGUGACUGAUGCAUGGAAUAUUUCUUUGGGAGAUUAUAAGAUGUACUUCCCUCCGCCCCCUGCAGGAGGAGCCAUCCUCAGCCUCAUCCUCAACAUAAUGAAAGGAUAUAAAAUGAACUCAGAACCUAAGAUGACCAAUGAAAAGACAUUAUUUUAUCACCGUUAUACUGAAGCUUUAAAAUUUGCCAAUGGAUUAAAGAAACAGUUCAAACAGAUGACCGAGAAAUUCACAGAGGAUAGCUUUGCCAACCACAUACGCAGCUUGAUCACUAACAAGACUCAUGAGCUCCAGUAUUACAGCAUCACUCCAUAUCUGGAGAGCAUGGGUACCACACAUGUGUCUGUGCUGGCUGAGGAUGGAUCCGCUGUGUCUGCCACCAGCAGCAUCAACCACAUGUUUGGCUCCAAAGUCUUUUCUCCAAGCACUGGAGUCAUCCUCAACAACCAGGUGUAUGACUUCUGUCAUAAAAUGGAUAGCAUCUCUCCUGGGGAGCGGCCUCCCUCCAAUAUGGCUCCAUCUAUGCUGAAGUCUAAGUCAAAGACACUGGUGAUAGGAGGGUCUGGUGGGAGCAUGAUCACACCAGGCGUGGCCUCGGCGAUCAUGAACCACCUUUGGUUUGGAAAGAGCCUUAAGGAGGCAAUUGAUUCUCCAAUUGUUUAUGUUAACUCUAAAGGUGAAGUAAAGUUUGAAUCCAAGACUAAAAAGGAUGUAGUUGAUGCUCUUGAAGCUAAGGGACAUCAAAUAUUAAAAUUUUACAAUGUCGUUAACUCUGUGGAGAAGGAGAGCGAUGGCUGUAUCUCUGCAUGGUCUGAUGAAAGGAAAAAAGGCAAAGCAGCUGGUUACUGA